AUGUCUGGAUUAAGAUUGGAAAUUCCUGAUGAUCAUGAUUAUCCCGCCGCAGAUUACAUGAUCAUUUGGCUUGAUGAUCAUAUCGGUCAACCAGAUCAAUAUGAAGUAAUGAAAAAAGCAUUCACGAGCAACAUCGAUUCUCGCCAUCAGACUGUAACAAAUUUAACCAAUAAAGAUUAUACCUACCUUAUCGGUGCUCAAAAUCCCACGCACAUCGAACUCGCUGAUAUUCCAAUGCUUCUACUAGCAUUUGAUAACCCUCUGACAUGUUACGACGCAUUCGAGGAAAACAAAGACAGACGUAUUUAUUUUAUUACCUCUGGAACUUUGGGCAAACAUAUUAUACCUAGGCUCAUUGAAAAUCAUACGCAUCUAUUCAAAGAUCCGAUUACAAAAAAGCCUUAUUCUUCGAUGUAUAUUUUCUGUGGAAACACUGCGCAUCACAUGGAUUGGUUAAUGGACUAUGUAGAACAUUUGCAGACAUUUAAUCAUGAGAAGGAUUUAUUGACUCGUCUAAUACGCGAUGUUGCUAUGAAUUUUAUUGAACAAAGUGAAUAUUCUCUCAAGCAAGCUCUUGCUCGAUAUAAACAAUCGAAGAAAGUGUUGAAUCGCUACUUGCAAAUGAAUGAACCUUGUAGAAAAGAUCUGGAACACGUCGAACGACGGAUUGCGGCAAUAGAAAAGAUCAUAAAUCCAAAUAAAUCCGAUGCUUAUGCACAAACUGACGAUAUUUCCGAUAAUACAACGAACGACAAUGAAGAAGUAGAAGAUCUACGUUUAAGUGAAGCAUUUUUAACAAAAGCAGCCUCUAUUCAACGUUUUUUUUUAUCGAAUCCAGAAAUUUCGAUGGCCGAAUGGAAAAUCUCUGAUUUUCAGCCUGGUUUUGUUAUUGCCUGGCUAGAUGCCAAUAUGGGUCAACCGAACAACAAUGAAACGAGUAAGAAUGAAUUAGCCAGCAGCGCCAACUUAAGUUGUACACCAGCAAAUGAACAGUUCGAUAAUAUCAACUACUUAAUUCAACAAACCUUCACAGAUCUAAGCAAUGGACCAGUAAAUACUCUGAUUAAAGAUGUAUUACGAAUGUUUACCGAUCGACAACAAUGCAUUGAUUUCGUUAGACAAAGCUUAACAGUAGGGAAAAAAGUAUUUCUAAUCGUGUCUGGUUCAAUAGGUGCCCCGGUUGUUCGUGAAUUGUAUCGACAGUUAACUGGUUGUAUUUAUGUGUUUUGUGGAGACAGAAAUGCACAUCCAUGGACUGACGAAUACUCGCAACAUCUGGAAGUAUACGAUGACGAAUUAGGAGUGUUCGCAAAUGUGCUAUCAGAUAUCGGCAUAUAUUAUUUGCAAAAACAUGGUGAAGAAACAUGCAGUGCGAUAGAUGCGAUUAGAUAUCUUCAUUGGGCUCGACAGUUUUUCUACAGAGCUCGUAGAUUGGAUGGUGCCAAAAGAGAAGAAUAUAUCCAAAUGGUAGACGAUGCAAUUCAAGAGCGGCAAAACUCCCUUCCAAAUUACAUCGAGUUUGAUGAUGAUAAAAUGGACUUCACAUCACAAGAAGCAAUUGACUGA